AUCACAUUAUGACGGACAACAAGCUAAAUUUUCUCAUUGCCCUGUUCCUGGUUACAUCAUCCUUGGUCAUAGAGGUAUAUUGCCUCGUUGAGCUCACAAAUGUACAGUGUGAAUCUCUGGACAAGAAUUUCUGCGAUUUCGAAUAUUGCUAUAUAAAGUCUGUAAACCGAACCUUUAAAUACCUCUCCGGAAAGCUAAAAUUCUUUCAAAUUCCCAUUACAACAGUUAAGAUUAAUAUUGGAGUCUACAAACGCCUUAAUGGAUAUAAGCCCUUUCUCUACAAUAUCACUAUUGAUGGCUGCAAGUUCUUGAAGACUCCUAGUUCCAAUCCUGUUGCUAGUUUCAUCUAUGACUUCAUUAAAGACGUCUCCAAUGUGAACCAUUCCUGCCCUUAUAAUCAUGAUCUUGUGGUAGACAAAAUGAAUGUACAGCACAUAAAUCACCAGGUCACAGCUGUUCUUCCUGUUCCCAAAGGAAGCUACAUGGUGCAAACGAACUUAGUCGUCCACAAAAUUACUCGAGCUGUAACUAAAGUAUAUGGAACCCUUUCAUAA